AUGGCAACCACGACUUCUUUUCCAGCACUGCUGGAGACGCUCACGCAAGCACUGGAAUCUGCCUCUGAAUCCACAGAGAAAAUAAAAUCUCCAAUUCCUCCCAAAGACGGCAUUUCCCUCCUUGACGUUAAGAACGAACUUUUUCUCUCUUACCUCCAAAAUCUUGUCUUCCUCAUAAUCCUCAAGCUACGAAAUCGAAAAGCGGGCAACGAUGAUGACGGCGAAGACUUGGAUGGCUCGGUUGUGAAAAAGCUGGUCGAGUUACAGGUCUAUCUGGCAAAGGGUGUGCGACCAUUGGAGGGACGUCUGAAAUACCAAAUCGACAAAGUUCUUCGUGCAGCAGACGAUGCGAAACGAGCCGAAGAUGCAACGAAAGCCAAGACCAGUGGAUUGGCUACUCGUAAACAAGAUGAUGACGAGGAGGAUUCAGAAGAGAACAGAGACAGCGACGAGGAAUCUACGAAGGGGGUAAUGCUGAAAGCUUCCGAGAUUGACGACCUGCAAUACCGACCCAAUCCUUCAGCUUUCAUUCGCCCUGCUGCUGCAGUUGGAGUAGAUUAUAGAGGCAGAUCAGCAGAUGGGAUUUACAAGCCUCCGAGAAUACAGGCUACGGCAAUGCCUACGACAGGUCCGCGAGAGAAGGAAGCUAGGAAGCCGAAUAAAUCUGCUACUUUGGAUGAGUUCGUCAGCACAGAGUUGUCGAGUGCGCCGUUAGCAGAACCAAGUAUUGGAUCAACGAUUGUGGACCGUGGUAGGACUCUGAAGAGCGAGAAGACGAAGCAGGAGGAGAGAGAGAGGAGAGAGUAUGAGGAGAGAAAUUAUGUGAGAUUGCCGAAGGAGAGUAAGAAGGAUCGGGCAAAGAAGGGAGGGAGGAAAGAUGCUGGUUAUGGUGGGGAGGAGUGGAGAGGCUUGGGUGAGGGUAUUGAUCGGAUUGAGAGGUUGACAAAGAGAAAGGGCGGGGAGCCAAGAGGUGCUUUGGAGAAGAGUCGGAAGCGACCCACUGAAGAUGGACCUAGAGGUAGCGGUGGUAUUGAGGCUGGCCAAGGCUUCCAGAAAAGACUGAAGACGCUGGACGGUGGAAGGAGAGAUAGAGGGAGAAGGUAG